UGUUUUUAGCAUCCUAUUGGUUCAAACUUUCCAGCCUGUUCAAUGAUUGGUCUCUAUCAAGCAUCUAUCGCAUGAUUGGUUGAGCUUGUUCGCGCAUGGACCUUACGGGAGUGACGAACGUGAGGCGGGAGAAGAGAGCGGAGUCGGUUGGAAGACAUGAGCCAUGACACAGUUCAAGGGAAUAAAAAGCUGCAGGUUCAGUUUGUACCUGAUGAAGAUGUUUUGGAGCAUAUCAUUGAUAAACAAGAAGGUGCAAGGCUAAAGAGCAGCGCAGUUGUUCAGAAAAUCGCAAAUACUAAAAGCUUGACUAAGAAUAUCGGUGAACUGUAUGCGGAGAGUGAGGCUGUGGAUAUCUGGAAGGAAAAGGACUAUGUGGAUGUGUUAGUAGUAAAUGCUGAAGAUAAUUUGGAAAAUGGUUGUGGAGCAGGAGGAGGGGAUGUCUACUCUUUCCAUACUGUUAAACGCUCAAACAAAAUGGCCCAGCUUGCAUCUGAGAUGGCCAGGACUCCUGGUAAAACCGUCACCUUUUCUACAACGGAUAGUCCUGAAGAAGCUGUCAGCCCACCUCCAAACAGGAAGCAAUCCACAUUAACUAAAACUCCUUCUAAGGGAAAGAAAAAUGAAUUUAUCUCCACCACACCCCACAGGCUGAGGAAAAGGCUUUCAGCACCAAAUUUAAGGUCGGAGAGUGAGAGUGAUUAUUCUGCCUCUGAUUCUGAUGAAGAGAUGGAAGAAAAGCCAGCCACUGCUAAAACACCAAGUAAAGCAUCACAAACGCCAAGCAAAGGGUCUCAGACUCCUGGUAAAACACCUUCCAAAAAAGGAAAGAAUAAAAGCAACUUGGUGGAAGAGUACUUUGAAGCUCACAGCAGUUCCAAGGUCCUCACUUCCGAUAGGACAUUGCAAAAGCUCCAGACUCCAAAGCUAGACCAGGAAACAUUACGUAAACUUUUGGACCAGACCCCAUCUACCUUUGCUGCUGAUCUCCGCUACCUGAACAAAAAAUAUGAAGAACUAUUCUACAAGUGGAUGUUACAGCUGCACAUUGGUUUCAAUAUCAUCCUGUUUGGUCUGGGCUCCAAGAGGAACCUUAUAGAGAAGUUUAGAACAUCGAUGCUACAGGAUUCUCUCCACCUUGUCAUCAAUGGAUUCUUUCCAGGCAUUACAAUAAAAUCAAUUUUAAACUCCAUCACAGAAGAGGCUUUAGGUCACUCUGGGACUUUUCGCAGCCCCUUGGAUCAAAUGGCCUUCAUUUUACAGAAGUUCAAAAACGAUAGCUCCUUGGUGCUUUAUCUUCUCAUUCAUAACUUGGACAGUCAUAUGUUAAGAGGAGACAAAAGUCAACAGAUCCUCGGACAACUGGCUUCCAUCUCUAACAUUCAUCUUCUUGCUUCUAUUGAUCAUAUUAAUGCUCCUUUAAUGUGGGAUCAAUCAAAGCAAAGCUUGUAUAAUUGGCUGUGGUAUGAAACUACAACAUACAACUCCUAUGUGGAAGAGACAUCCUAUGAGAACUCAUUGCUGGUUAAACACUCUGGAGCCCUGGCACUCAGUUCUCUUACUCAUGUGAUGCGCAGUCUUACCCCAAAUGCCAGAGGGAUUUUUCGGCUUCUUGCAGAGUAUCAGUUGGCCAACAAAGACAACCCUUCGUACCAAGGUCUCUCAUUUCAAGACUUUUAUCAGCAAUGUAGAGAAGCUUUUCUCGUCAAUAGUGACUUAACAUUAAGGGCUCAGCUGACUGAGUUCAGAGAUCACAAAUUAAUACGCACAAAAAAGGGUGCAGAUGGAGUUGAAUAUCUGAUCAUCCCACUAGACUUGCCAACUUUGACAGACUUUUUAGAAAUGGAAGACAAGGAGGGCUGAAGAUUGCUCACUUAGCAUAAAUUAAGAACCGAUGGACUCUGAUUACGAGCCAGAUCACUGAUUUAGGGAUGUUUUGCAUCUACCUGAUUUGCACAAGAGAAAAGAAGGUUGCAUGCUGUAUAUCAGUUGUAAUUGGGCUACUGAAGGGUUUGUCUUCUGUGUCAACAUGUCGAGAGAUGAUUAUUUGGAAAAUGUUACACAAGAGUCUGCAUAAAAUGCUGCUGUGCAGCAACUACACGGCAAAAUACCAAGCGUAUUAUAAUGCACCAAGUCAUGCCAAUGUGCACUUCACAUGAUACUUAAGCAAACAUAUUUGCAUAAUUUAAACUUUAGUUUGAGAUCCUAAUGUUUAUCUUAAAAUAAAAAUUUACUUUUUCCUCA